AUGUCUGAAGCAUCCGAGCCUCAAGCAGGUUGGCGAAUCCCGCGCGCAUGUCAAGAAUGUCGCAAACGGAAAAUCAAAUGUAGUGGUCUAAAUCCAUGCACCACUUGCCAAUUGCGCAACACUCCUUGUAUAUACCGCGACUACAUUCGCCACAGGCGAAAGAAAACGGAAUAUGCAAAAAGUCGCUCGCGAAGUCCCGCCCCUCGGGCUUCCCCGAGUAGACCAUCGGGUCCACGCACCUCUUCCGCAAUGGACGACUUUCCGAACAGUGUGUCUGCCACGCAUAUGGCGUCGCCAUCAUGCCAAAUGCAGCUUUACUAUGGCCCAUCAUCGCACUUCUCACUGAUGCAGCACAUAUAUCGGGACCUCAUCUCAAACCCAGCUGCGCCGCCGGAGCCCUCCGGCGGAGUUGAGGAAGCUGGAGCUGGGCUGGACCUGUUCAGUUUUCGCCGUAUAUUCUUCGGUACGCCCGACUCACUGGAUGGGCAAAAGCCCCCGGGAGCAGGGGACAUGUCGAUGAUGUUCCUUCCGUAUGAUUUGGCGAAGAUGUUCAUGUCGCGGUACCUCUCAGGCCUCUACCACAUGCUGCCGCACCGCCCCAAGGCAUACUAUGAGCAAUGCUUGGAGCGACUGUACAAUCCGUGCGCCACAGAAACGCAGGAUACCUUUGCUCAGGCCCUUGUUCUUAUGGCCAUGGCGUGCGCUGCAAUUGGCACUGACCAUUUCACUUGGGGUGAUGUGCUUUUUGAACGCGUCAAGGCUUCAAUGGCCAUGUUCGACGACAACGAACAAGGUCGUCCCAACUCCGCGUUCUUACACUUAGGCUCUGCUUCGCGGAAGGCUCUAUCAGCAGGACUACAUAAGGAUGUUCCUCAUGGCGCCGAAAAAACCCCGGAAAGUAUCGAGGAGCGACGAGUGACCUUCUGGUCUCUAUACAUCUACGAGACUUGGUUCUGUUUUCAUACAGGCCGCCCAAGCUCACUAUCGCUGAAGGAUGUUGCAAUUGAGCAUGCACAGGAUUCUUUCCUUCGAUUAUUGGUACAGCUCUGCAAGACCAUAACUCGCUCAACCGAAGAGAUUUACGGCCAACGGCAUGAAUCAUUGUUGCACAUGUGGAAAGUGGCGAAAUCUAUUACCCAUGAACUGCGCGGCCACGAAACUCUCUUGAAACAAUCUUUUGGCUUUGGGCUAGAUUCUGCAAUCCAGGAAGGAUCACUCGGUGUUCGACAAACUAUUUUCACCACUUUAUACAACCAUACCUUCUUGCUCACAUUCCGGCCGUUCCUCAUAUUUCGCGGUCAUUGGCGACGGAACAAAAAGGCCGUGUCUAAUACUAAUGGCCCCGAGAACAAAAAUGACCAAGCAGAGACCCCAUCGUGGCUAAAUGAAGCUUGUGGAUAUGCCAUAACGGCUGCUCAAAAGACAAUUCAGCAUCUUUGCGAGGCGUCGAGAGAAAACGACCUACAACUACGGUACCAUGGGUAUUUUUUGGGAAGCUCUUCAUUCACGCUCAUAUACGAAUUCCUCCAUGAUCCGAGUGUCGCUCCCGUCUACCUGCCGUGGGUUUAUGCCUCCCUACAAACAUUGUCAGCCAUGCGAGCUGGCGACCCGAUCGCGAGCUCAAUUUCGGCUAUCCAGAAUGUGCUAAGCAGAAUAAACCCCUCAUACGAAUGGAUGCCGUAUGCUUCUCAUCAUGGAAGGCAGCCCCGGCACUCGGAAACGGCAACUAUGCGGGAAACAUCUAUUGCUAAUGCUGCCUCAAGACCCCUACACACAGGUCUUCGUGAUUCGUCGAUGGAAGUAUCUUCUGUUCCGCCAACCUCUCCCUGGAGUUUGCCACACCUCGAAACAAUGGGCAUGCCAGAUACCGGAGGCUCAGUCGGUUCCGGCGAGGACUUGCUUGAUUUCACGCAGUCUGACAUGGGUUGGGAUUUCGAUUUUUCAACCAUGGAUCUCGAAGCAUUUUUGUCUGUUUACCCAUCCAACGAUACUGUUCUCUGA